CCACCCUGAGGGCAUAGACAACAAAAGAAAUUGUGCGUUGGGCAACACAAGGGUUCUUGAACAGCAGAGACCCUCGCCAGAAUGUCUGAUCUCCGUAUUCUGCUGUUAAUGGUUCUGGCGGGAAAGACAGCCAUCGGGUUCUCCCUGAUGUCUUUACUCAUAGACCCGGACCCAGAUUGGACCCCUGACUACUACGAGAAUAGCUACGAGCAACACGACCAGGCAGAGAGCAGCACUAACACUCCUGCCUACCAGGAGAAUCCGGACUGGUACUACACGGAGGACGAUCCGUGCCUGUCCAACCCCUGUGAACAUGGCGGGGACUGCCUUGUCAGCGGGGACACCUUCACAUGCAGCUGUCCAGCCCCUUUCUCUGGAAACAGGUGUCAGAAUGUGCAAAACAAGUGCAAGAACAACCCAUGUGACCGGGGCGAAUGUCUCAUUACCCAGAGUCCUCCCUAUUACCGCUGCGCCUGCAAACACCCUUACAGGGGUCCAGACUGCUCCACGGUGGUUCCUCUGUGUAGGCCAAAUCCCUGCCAAAAUGGCGGCAUCUGCUCCAGGCACAGGAGGAGAACCAAGUUCACCUGUACCUGCCCUGACCAGUUCAAGGGGAGAUUCUGUGAAAUAGGUCCUGAUGACUGCUACGUUGGUGAUGGCUACUCUUACCGAGGGAAAGUGAGUAAGACAGUUGAGCAACACUCAUGCCUUUACUGGAACUCCCACCUACUCUUGCAGGAGAAUUACAACAUGUUCAUGGAAGAUGCUGAGACCCACGGGCUUGGGGAGCAUAAUUUCUGCAGAAACCCAGAUGGAGACAAAAAGCCCUGGUGUUUCAUUAAAGCAAACAAUGCAAAGGUGAAAUGGGAGUACUGUGAUAUCUCAGCUUGCUCAGCCCUAGACAUUGCUGACCCAGAAGGAAGCCCCACAGAACCUCUGACCAAGCUUCCAGGGUUUGACUCGUGUGGGAGGACUGAAAUGACACAGAAGAAGGUCAAGAGGAUCUAUGGAGGCUUUAAGAGCACAGCGGGCAAGCACCCGUGGCAGGCAUCCCUGCAGACCUCGUUGCCACUGACCGUCUCCAUGCCCCAGGGCCACUACUGUGGGGGAGCGCUGAUCCACCCCUGCUGGGUGCUUACUGCCGCCCACUGCACCAACAUAAAAACCAAACAUCUGAAAGUCGUGUUAGGGGACCAGGACCUGAAGAAGACAGAAUUCCAUGAGCAGAGAUUCGGGGUGGAGAAGAUUUUCAAGUACAAACACUAUAAUGAAAGCGAAGAGAUUCCCCACAAUGAUAUUGCUUUGCUCAAACUGAAGCCAGUGGAUGGUCAUUGCGCUCUCGAAUCCAAAUAUGUGAAGACCGUAUGUUUGCCCGAUAGUGUUUUCCCCUCUGGAACUGAAUGCCACAUCUCUGGGUGGGGUGUGACAGAAACAGGAGAAGGAUCCCGCCAGCUCCUGGAUGCCAAGGUCAAGCUGAUUGCCAACGCUUUGUGCAAUUCCCACCAACUCUAUGACCACAUGAUCGACGACAGCAUGAUUUGUGCAGGAAACCUUCAGAAACCUGGGAAAGACUCCUGCCAGGGUGACUCUGGAGGCCCUCUGACCUGUGAGAAGGAUGGCACCUACUACGUCUAUGGGAUAGUGAGCUGGGGCCUGGAAUGUGGGAAGAAGCCAGGAGUCUAUACCCAAGUUACCAAAUUCCUGAAUUGGAUCAAAGCCACCAUCCAAAAGGAGGGUGGCUUAUAAGGUGUCUUCUGAACCUGAGAGCCCAUUGUCCUGAGCACCCAGACAAGGCCAGGCCUCAUGGGCAGCACCGGACACGCUGGGAGCCCCCAGGUGGCCACACAGCUGAGGGUCCAUGCUCUGAGCAGAGACAACCGCCACCCAGCCUGGGGAUCCCUGGACCAGCAUGUCUACCGCUUUAUCAGGCUGCUUCGUGGGUAGCCCAAGAAAUGCCAGAAUCAACCCAACAGAUACUUUGUUGGCUUCCCUUCAAACGAUGGUACCUUCCAGAAAAUCACAGACCACAGUCACCUCAGACAUUUGCAAAUGUGGGAUUUCAGAACGACCGGAGCCAGUGGGAGUCACCUUGACAUCUUUAUUCCUCACCCCAGACACCCAAGACACGCCACAGACCCAGCCACCCCCUUCCAGGUUCAGACGGGGGACCAAAAAUACAACAUUCUCCGUGGCUUUCUGAGAGUCAUUGUUUUAGUAAAGGUUGCUCGGGGAUGGGCUGAUGCACGGUUUUUUCAGCUCGCUCAAACGGAAGCAUGUCUCUGGUGGGCACAUUUCCUCCGAGCCCCCUUCCCAAAAAUCCUCGGUGAACGCUGCUCACAACGGCAGAACCUUCCUCCUGUUGACGUGCAGAAUCUCCGUGGCAUCUGGGUUCACGUCCCCCCUCUGAUGAUAUGCGGGCUCCAUAGCCUCUGGCCCCCCCUGCGGAAAUCAAACAUACCUCCCUGGGUCAGAAUGAAGCUUCUGCCCAGCUCCCACAGGACAAGCAGCCUCAGAUGCCCUGGGAGCAUUUCAAAUGCUCCCCCUCCCCUGCCCUUCCCCUCCUCCACCCUCCCCAAGAGAAAGGAUCCUCGAGGCAAGAAGGAGAAAGAAGCAAAGCCAAUCUCUCAUUUAGAUGUGGCGCCUUUCUUCUGAACAAAGUAGGGUUCAAAACCCAGACUGUUGCAGCCAGCGAGUCCCUGACCCUUUCUGUGGAUGUAACGAGCAAGCAGUCAGCACAGCCUGGGCUGCCGUGGCCCGUGACUGAAGGAGCCCCGGUAGGCUUAUCUCCGCACAACUAAUGGCUGCGACUUCAGAGAAAACCCUGCAGGAAGUUUAACCCGGGUGUCAUCAGCCUGGUCAUCUCAGACCCAUGAAAUUAGGCGCCUUUCUCCAGCUGCAUUUCACACUUCUUUAGAGUCAGCUGACCUUUGGCCAAAAAUAAAGUUUGAAAAGAAACAA